UGAUUCGAGAAUUCGAUGAUUCGAGAAUUCGACGAUUCGAGGGAUUCGAUGUAUCGAUUGUCUGGCUGAUACAUGUGUUGAAAAAUGGCUGUACCGUCAUCAUCCCUGUCAACAAGGAAUAAAAAACAUUUUCUGGGGGUUCCAGCACCACUUGGAUAUGUUGCUGGUGUUGGAAGAGGAGCGACAGGAUUUACAACUCGUUCGGAUAUCGGUCCAGCCCGAGAUGCAAAUGAUGUCUCGGAUGAUCGUCACGCACCCCCGACAAAACGUACAAAGAAGAAAGACGAGGAGGAGGAGGAAGAGGAGGAUCUGAAUGACUCGAACUACGAUGAGUUCUCCGGGUACGGAGGUUCCCUCUUCAGCAAGGAUCCGUACGACAAGGAUGACGAGGAGGCAGACGCAAUUUACGAAGCCAUUGACAAACGUAUGGACGAGAAACGAAAGGAAUACCGAGAGAAACGCCUCCGCGAGGAGCUGGAACGUUAUCGUCAGGAACGCCCCAAGAUCCAGCAGCAGUUUUCUGAUUUGAAACGAGAGCUGGUGAAUGUCAGUGAGGACGAGUGGAAAAAUGUCCCAGAAGUGGGUGAUGCUCGCAAUCGAAAGCAGCGAAAUCCUCGGGCUGAGAAAUUCACGCCUCUUCCAGAUUCAGUUUUAGCGCGAAAUCUGGGAGGUGAAUCGACAACGAGCAUCGAUCCCUCGAGUGGUUUGGCUUCGAUGAUGCCAGGGGUUGCGACUCCAGGGAUGCUGACACCAACAGGAGAUCUCGAUCUCAGAAAAAUUGGGCAAGCCAGGAAUACCCUGAUGAACGUCAAACUAAAUCAAGUCUCGGAUUCAGUGGAGGGCCAGACAGUUGUGGACCCCAAGGGCUACCUCACAGACCUCCAGAGCAUGAUCCCUACGUACGGUGGGGACAUAAAUGAUAUCAAGAAAGCCCGACUGCUUUUAAAAUCCGUUCGAGAGACAAAUCCCAAUCAUCCACCAGCGUGGAUAGCCUCAGCUCGCCUGGAGGAGGUCACAGGGAAAGUCCAGGCAGCGAGAAACCUCAUAAUGAAGGGCUGCGAGGUGAAUCCAACGUCUGAAGACCUCUGGCUGGAGGCAGCGAGACUCCAACCCCCUGACACAGCGAAGGCAGUGAUCGCUCAGUCAGUCAGACACAUACCGACGUCUGUCAGGAUCUGGAUAAAAGCUGCCGAUCUGGAAGUCGAGACGAAAGCCAAGAGGAGAGUCUACAGAAAAGCGCUCGAGCACAUCCCCAAUUCGGUUCGCCUCUGGAAGGCAGCGGUGGAGCUCGAGGAGCCUGAAGACGCAAAAAUUCUUCUGAGUCGAGCUGUUGAGUGUUGUCCGACCUCUGUUGAUCUCUGGCUGGCACUUGCAAGGCUCGAGACCUAUGACAAUGCAAGAAAGGUAUUGAAUAAAGCCAGGGAGAACAUUCCCACUGACAGGCAGAUCUGGACAACAGCUGCAAAACUGGAAGAGGCUAAUGGCAACAAGCACAUGGUAGAGAAGAUCAUUGACAGGGCAAUCUCAUCAUUGAGUGCCAAUGGUGUCGAGAUCAACAGGGAGCACUGGUUCAAAGAUGCCAUGGAGACUGAAAAGGCUGGGGCUAUUCACACAUGCCAGGUGAUUGUCAAAGCAAUUAUCGGAUUUGGUGUGGAGGAGGAGGAUAGGAAGCACACAUGGAUGGAGGAUGCUGAGACCUGUGCCCAGCAGGGGGCUUUGGAGUGCGCCAGGGCGGUCUACGGUUUUGCCCUGGCAACUUUCCCCAGUAAAAAAUCCAUCUGGUUGAGGGCAGCAUACUUCGAGAAGACUUAUGGCACGAGGGAGUCUUUGGAGAGUCUGUUGCAGAGAGCUGUUGCCCAUUGCCCCAAGAGUGAAGUACUUUGGCUCAUGGGGGCGAAAUCCAAGUGGCUGGCUAAUGACGUUCCAGCAGCUCGGGGUAUAUUGUCUCUGGCAUUCCAGGCGAAUCCUAAUUCCGAGGAAAUCUGGCUGGCUGCUGUCAAACUAGAGUCUGAGAACUCGGAGUACGAGAGGGCCAGGAGACUUCUGGCCAAGGCCAGGGCAUCUGCACCAACCCCCAGGGUUCUCAUGAAGAGUGCGAAACUCGAGUGGGCACUGGAUAAUCUCGAUGGGGCUAUUAGUUUACUCAAGGAAGCACUCAAGAGUUUUGAGGGAUUUGAGAAGCUCUGGAUGAUGAAGGGACAGAUUGAGGAGCAACAGGGACAACUCAGUCAGGCUCUUGACACUUAUAAUCAGGGGAUCAAGAAGUGUCCCACUGCUAUAGCACUGUGGAGACUUCUUGCUGAUCUUGAGAGGCGCAAUGGGCACAUCACUAAGGCCAGGUCUGUCCUGGAGAAGGCUAGACUGAGAAAUCCUAAGAAUGCUGAGCUCUGGCUGGAGGCUGUGAGAAAUGAAAUGAAGCCUGGCGGUGUCAGGGAUAUGGCCCACACGCUUAUGGCUAAGGGACUGCAGGAGUGCCCAAAUUCUGGACUCCUUUGGGCUGAGGCACUCUUCAUGGAGCCCAGGCCCCAGAGAAAGACGAAGAGUGUUGAUGCUCUCAAGAAGUGCGAGCAUGAUCCUCAUGUUCUAUUGGCUGUUUCCAAGCUAUUCUGGUGUGAGCACAAAAUCAGCAAGUGCAGGGAUUGGUUCAACAGGACUGUCAAGAUCGAUCCGGAUUUAGGGGACUCUUGGGCGUAUUUUUAUAAGUUUGAAUUACUCAAUGGCACUGAAGAGCAGCAGGAGGACGUCAAGAAGAGGUGUAUCGCAGCAGAGCCUCAUCACGGUGAAUACUGGUGUAAAACCUCCAAAAAUAUUCAGAACUGGUGUCUCGGGAUCGAUCAGAUCCUCGUGAUGGCCGCCAAAGAGCUUCCGAUACCCAUUUAAUUUUUUCCCGUGGAAUUAUCAAGGAAUCGGGGGCAGAGGAAAUUGUAAUAUUGUUUUUUAAUUCGUGGAGGAGUUUAAUGAAUAAAUUUAUGUAAUAAAA